UACUCAAACACAAACACCACAUCACUCAUAAUAUUAUUACUACUUCACCAACAUCUCCCUCCCAUUCAUUCCAUCACUCCUUCCAAAAUCUAAUGCUUCUCUCUAUACUUAUCACCAUCCUCUUCUUCUUCUUCUUCUUCUUCUUCCAUUCUCCUCUCAUCUCCGCCGUUGAUCCUCCCUCCAUCAACGGUCAUGAUGAUCUCCGUACAUAUAUCAUCCACAUGGAUCACGAAUCUAAGCCGUCCAUUUUCCCUUCUCAUCGUCUCUGGUACGAAACCUCCCUUCUCUCCAUCACCGCCUCCGACGCCAGCGCCGGCGCCGACAUCAUCCACACCUACUCCACUGUCUUCCAUGGCUUCUCUGCCCGUCUCUCCUCCUCUGCCGCUGCUUCCUUCGCAUCGCUUCCUGGUGUCAUCUCUCUUCUCCCCGAGCUCAUCCGCCACCCCUCCACCACCCGCUCGCCGGAGUUCCUUGGCCUCUCCGGCCAUCAUCAAAGCCACCAUCCCUCCCCCUCCACUGGUAGCCUCCUCUCCGAAUCCGACUUCGGCUCUGAUCUCGUCAUCGCCGUCAUUGACACCGGAAUCUGGCCUGAACGCCGUUCCUUCUCCGACUCCGGCCUCGGCCCGGUCCCCGCCAAGUGGCGUGGCUCCUGCGACGCUGGAAUCCGCUGCAAUCGCAAGCUCGUCGGCGCGCGCUUCUUCUCCGGCGGUUACGAGUCUGCCACCGGCCGCAUGAACGAGUCGGCGGAGAUCCGCUCACCUCGUGACACCGAUGGUCACGGCACUCACACCGCGUCCAUCGCCGCCGGUCGCUACGCCUUCCCGGCCUCGUCCCUUGGCUACGCCAAGGGCCUCGCCGCCGGAAUGGCCCCCAAGGCUCGCCUCGCCGUCUACAAGGUCUGUUGGGCUGCCGGUUGCUUCGACUCCGAUAUCCUCGCCGCUUUCGACGCUGCUCUCGCCGACGGUGCUGACGUCAUCUCCCUAUCAGUCGGCGGCGCCGUUGUCCCUUACCACCUCGACGCGAUCGCGGUCGCUGCGUUUACCUCCGCCGAGCACGGCAUCUUCGUCUCCGCCUCCGCCGGGAACGGUGGCCCAGCUCCUCUUUCCGUCACCAACGUCGCCCCUUGGCUAACCACCGUCGGCGCUGGAUCCCUCGACCGCGACUUCCCCGCCGACGUACGCCUAGCCGACGGCCGCACCGUUCCGGGGGUCAGCGUCUACGGUGGCCCCGAUCUCCCACACGGCCGCUUCUUUCCCCUCGUCUACUCCUCCGCUGCCGGCGACGGCUACUCGUCCUCCCUCUGCUUAGAAGGCUCCUUAAACCCUAGUUCCACCGCCGGCAAAAUCGUCGUUUGCGACCGCGGAGUCAACUCCCGCGCCGCCAAGGGCGAGGUCGUCCGCAAAGCUGGCGGCAUCGGUAUGAUCCUCGCCAACGGCGUCUUCGACGGCGAGGGUCUCGUUGCUGAUUGCCACGUCCUCCCAGCCACCGCCGUCGGCGCAACCUCCGGUGAAAUCAUCCGCAAAUACAUCACCUCCUCAACCCCUUCCUCCCCAGCAAUGGCCACCAUCGUCUUCCACGGCACUCGUCUCGGCGUCCACCCCGCCCCCGUCGUCGCCGCCUUCUCCGCCCGCGGCCCCAAUCCCCAAUCUCCAGACAUCCUCAAACCCGACAUCAUCGCCCCAGGCCUCAACAUCCUCGCCGCCUGGCCCGACAACAUCGGACCCGCCGGAAUCCCCUCCGAUCACCGCCAAACGGAAUUCAACAUCCUCUCCGGCACCUCAAUGGCUUGCCCACACGUCUCCGGCCUCGCCGCACUCCUCAAAGCCGCACAUCCAGAGUGGUCUCCGGCAGCAAUCAGAUCAGCAUUGAUGACCACAGCCUACACCAAAGACAACCGAGACAAGACAAUGCUAGACGAAUCCUCCGGCAACUCCUCCACCGUGUUCGAUUACGGCGCCGGCCAUGUUGAUCCACAGCGUGCAAUGGACCCUGGACUAAUCUAUGACUUGACCGCAACUGAUUAUAUAAACUUCUUGUGCAAUCUGAAUUAUACUUCAGAUAGUAUCAAGACCAUCACUAGACGGUCUGCGGAUUGUCGAGGUGCUCGAAGAGCCGGCCAUGCCGGAAACCUUAAUUAUCCGUCGAUGACAUCGGUGUUUAUGAUUGAUGGUGCAAAGAAAAAGAGGAGAUCUACUCAUUUUAUUAGAACGGUGACAAAUGUAGGUGGUGGUGCGGCGGUUUACAAGGCGGAAAUCGAAGGGGAUGGAUUUAUUGUUGACCCGAAAGAAUUGGUUUUUAGAAGGAAUGGACAGAAGUUGAGCUUUUUGGUAAGGGUGGAGGUGAAUUUGAAGGAGGAGGAAUUGCAGGCCGGGAGCUCGAGAGUGAGCUCCGGUAGCUUGACUUGGUCAGAUGGCCGGCAUUCUGUUAAGAGUCCAAUUGUUGUUACUGUUCAGACACCUCUGUGAUUUUGAACUUUGUUUUGUUUGUGUUUAUUGAUGUAUAUGUUUUUGUUGUUCAACUUGGGAUGUUGAAGUAGUUUGUGUUUUUUUAAGCUUUUAACUUACAUGUAAGGUUGAAACCUUUGUGUGUAGAAUCAAUGGAGUUUUGAGAGAAGAGAAGGAAUGAGUGGUGUGAUGGAGAAAAACAUGGAUGUGGUUUUGUU